AUGGCGAGUGUCUCAAUUAUUGAUUUUUUUCAAUACGGUCUUAGAUCCAAUAUUAUACGGAGUCUACGGGAAAGCUAUGAGGCAGUAUGCUCGAAGUUUAUUCAAGAAAACAGGAAGGGCCCCGUUUCCUCGUGUGGACCCUCUCCGCGACAGACAAGAAAGCUUGCAGGUAACGGAUUCACAAGCCAUUGAACUUUCUUUUAUGGAGUAAAAUGAACCGAAUAACUUAGUUGGCUGUUUAAUCCCUUACUCACUAACAUCAGUGUGCAUAUUCUACAAACUGUUCUCCAUUCAUCUCCUGGGGUGCUGACAAGGAGAAUUUGUUCAACAAUCAUGAGCUUCUUUGGUUGGUGAUCAUUUCCUUUACUCCCAAGACCUUGAAGCUUGAUUCGAAGGUGAUAUUGAAUGAGACAUCGGAUGCAAGUCACUCUUAAAGAUCAUAGGGAUAAAAUGGUCAUAAUCCAGGAAAUCAUGAACCAUGCUUUGCUGCCAGAUUUCUCGUUCGUUAGUUUGAAGUAAAGAGUUAUUUUUAAGAACGAGCAGAACGCCACUAAAUUAAAUAAAAGUCUAUGGAAUUUUUUUCCCUUAAGGAGUUAAUUAGGGUUGUGUUUGUUAUUUGUGUGACGAUUUUCACUGUUAAGCACUUUGUUACAUAAUGAAUUUCGUAAAUUCGAAGUAUGCCUAGUUUUGCUGGGAAAAAAAAAAAGAAUAAUAACAGCAUGGGAAAACUUAAUUUGACAUGGUGUAACAUCACCAAAAUAAAGUUUCUGUCGACACUGAUGACGUAUAAUUUUGACAUCUUGUGAAGGACAUGUUAAAAUACGAAAUUAUAUCUAGAGUCAGCCUGUGUUCGACUGCAUGCAUGCAGCGGGGGAUUCCGCAAGCGAUGGUUGCGAUAUUCCGCAUAAUUACUCUUUCAAGCUAAAAUGACACUUAAAAGUAAUUUUUUAGUUCCAAGCAGAAUGCGUGUCACAAACUUUUAUGAAAUCUAUCUUUUCAAGGCUUCUUAUAUCGUCAGUUGGAACCACAACGCGCUCUCUCAUUGACCGAUAGGCGUGAUAGGAGUAUUUAUUAUUCAACUGCACAAAGUAGAGUAUAAUAACAAGCAAAUAUAGUACAGAUAUCUUACGAUAUUGUACGGUUAUUUGGAUAGUUGGUUAGUUAUCUUGUACUGUAAAAAAACCGUGUUUAACCAGUCGGCUGCGUGCACUACGUUCCUCUAAUCGCUUUGUUUUUCUCGCCUUAUGAGAAAUAAGUAGAGAGAAUUAGCAGAAAAAGAAGCAUUUGGAUAAUAAAUAACCCUUAGGUAUUUUGACUCACUCUACGGGUUCGUCAAAAUACGGCAAAAUAUUGAGUGAUACUUCAAACCAAAACGUCUAAUAAUAUAUAUAUUAUCCUGCUAUCAGGGUUAUAGCUUGUAAGGUUCGCGCGAAUCUUUCUGAAAUAGUUUAUGAGAGUAAUAGAAAAAAAUUUCCGUGGUUUACAUGGCCUCAUGUACACAAUCAAGGUAAUUUUGGUUUUAUCAACUGAGUUGAUAAUGUAAAUUGGCCACCGUAAGGAGUUUUAAAGCUGACGUUUCGAGCGUUAGCCCUCAGUCAGAGCGAUGGUGAAGGGCUAACGCUCGAAACUUCAAUAUUGAUUAUAAUGUGAAUGUUUGACUGCUGGGGAUUUCCUUUCGGAAGCUCUGAACUAACACGGCUUAUUUCCCAAAAACAAAACGUUAGCUUGUUGAACAGAGUAGAAAAAUUAAUUAAUUUGAGAAACAUGAGGUUAAGCUUCAAUCUUGAUCGCCGCUUAUCCAUGAAAUUUAACCAUAACCAUGAUAUUUACCCAUAUAAAGUGAAUAAUUUGCAAGGAUAAAUUGACACAGUGAUCAGAUUAGCAAACUCAAGAAAAAUGCCACUUUGUUAUUUCUGCAGUAUAGCUCACCGGCCACACCCAAUUUGAAAUAGACAGCAGAGGUUAGACAGAAAAUCAAGCAAAUUAGAUUGAUCAAGAAAAGGAAUUAAGAAAACAAUGAUUUACAUCAUCAAAGAUGGCAUCCAACGACAAUUGCUCUCCACUGGUGAUCGGAUUUUUGAUUAUUUACGGCUUUAUUCUCAUCAUCUCACUUGUGGGUAACAUGGUUUUUUUUGUUUUUUUUUUCAUAGGGCACAGUAACCAAUCCUGCAAUCUGUUUACGCGGUCCGUAUUUUCCUAUCUCUGCCUACGGGCAACAGAACGUUUUCGUGAGUCGCCGAAUACAUCCCUACUUUCGUUGCCAUUUUUCAUAAAUAUAUCUCGUUUUUCCGGCCGUGCGGUAUUUUUAAGCAAAUAUAUCGAUCACUACCUCAGGCCGAUAAAUAACUUAUUAAUCCUCCCUUUUCUCUCUCUCAAAUCACUAUGGUUGACAGAAAAAUAUUGGUUUCAGAAUGAAUUUGUAGAAGCAAUAGUGUCAUUACGUUGAUUGACAAGCGGCCUAAAAACCGUCCGCAAUUAAUUUUAAUCGUUCACAAAAAGUACCAAGAAAGUUAAAACUUGAGGUACUUGGUUACAGUUGAACUAAAUCAUGGAACUUUCAUUCAUUUAAUAUCUGAAUUUUAUCAAACAAUUUUUCGUAGUGAAAAGGCGAGCGAAGUUUUAAUUUCAGUUCUACAACAAAUAUACGCUCUCGGCGGGUCUUUCCCAGUCCGUUCAAUUUGGACAUCUGUACCGUAAAUUGUACAACAGAAACUGAAGGAAUUCAAUGAGAAAAGGCCGCAUUAAAUCCCCUUGUGACUUGUUGGAGUGCAUCACUCGAACUUAGUUUUUGUGGAGGAAAGACCAGAUUUACACACGCCAUUGCAGCACACACUGAAAAGAGCAAAUUCUCACAACUUCAAAAUAAAAAAAAAUUGAAUUUACUUACAAUUACUUUCCUCGCCGUUUACUUAAUACGUAAUCACAUGAUCUUUCUCGUGCAGUCUGGAAUAAAUAAGACCACGAAUUGCACGAGCCCUUCGGACUCGUGCAAUUUUGUCAUCUUUGAAAAAAUUUAUUUGUCGCUUACUCAUUCCAAAUUGCAUUCGAAAUCAUGUGAUUACCUAUACAAAGAAAUUAAAGAAAAGUUAUACCAUUUAUUUAUGCAUUGAUGAAUACUCGUUAAUGAAAGUUGAUUUUAAUUCCUUUUUCAACAACAACAAAAAUGACAGGUGCAUCAUUCAUUUUAAAUUUUAGCAUCAAGCAGCCAAGAUAUGUAGAUAGAAAAAUUGGCACAUAACACAUUUUUAGUUUUCUUAAAGAGUUGAUGUCAACUUUUCAGUGGUAUCUGAUAUAUUUUAUUUCAAUCUUAAAUUAGCUUUUGGGGAUUAAAGAAACGCUUUUUACAUCAGAAACAAAAAUACUGUUGAAAAUUUGUAUAUUUCUUAAGGCACUGUUUGAAUGACAUCAAAAUCAAUUUUUUUCUGGAAACUAGAACGUUGAUAAUUUAUAAGCGGUAUCUUGGGUUGGGAUAGUAAUAAACUGGCUUCCAACAAUUUGUGCAGUGUUUUCAAACAUAACAUUUACUAUGCUAUGAUAUAUUCUUACGCUCUUCAUUUAGUCCUAUUGUACCAUGAGUAUGCAGCUGUCGAUGGAGAACUUAAAAAAAAGCUAGUAAACAACGAAUAGUAAAAAUAGAUAAAAAAUAGCCCUAUUGUACCAUAAGUAUGCAGCUGUCGAUGGAGAACUUAAAAAAAAAGCUGGUAAACAACGAAUAGUAAAAAUAAAUGCAUUUGAAGCGGGGUAAAGAAAAAGAAAAACCAAACCGCAGUUUUGCCAUAACACUGUUGUACUUUGAUUAAUUCUGUGGACUCUUAUAAACUCCCUCGGUAAACGAGGACAGAGAGGUGUGAAAAGUCAGCUUUAAAUUGUUCGGGAUAUUGAUAAAAAGGAUUAUUUCAAAAAAAAGGUAGAAAUAUUUUACCCGCAAGCCAAAAUGGCGGUAAGUGACAAUAUCGCUGCGCCUGCUUGGGUAUUGUUUAUCGCUAUUUACAUCUCAGUUUUCAUUUUAUCAACGGUUGGUAACACAUGGGUUUUGCUAACUUGCUACAAGACUUUAAAAAGAAGGCAUUCCCCGUUUAUGUGGUUAUUGGUGAAUUUAGCAACGGCGGAUCUCCUGUUUACUCUUCUUUCCGUAUUUAACAUGAUCGGAUAUUUGUGGUACUGGGUAGGUGGAAACAACACUUGUAAGCUUCAAGGAUUCUUUGUGGAGGCGAGCUAUACGACUUCCAUCAUGACACUUGUAACUAUUAGUUACCAAAGAUUAAAAACUACCACAGAUCCAUUUAGUACCAGAGAAGGACGCGGGUUCAACAGGGAAUACCUUAAACCAGUAAUAAUUUGGGGAUUAAGCUUACUGGUCUGCACUCCUCUGCUGCAAAUCUACGGCGUAAAAACGGUGGGCGGCAACGUUGCUUGUAUAACUACGAGAGAUGGGUUCACUGUCCCGCAGAUUUACUACAGUUUACAUACAGCACUACUCUUUGCGGUCCCGUUGUUUUACAUGAUUUUUACCCAAAUCCGAAUUCAUCUCGCUCUUCGCACAAGCGUUACACCAACAAGCAAAUUAAUCACUUCGCGAGCACAGAGACGGCACAAAAAGGCUACAAAGACACUUGCUGCACUAACUAUAGCAUUUGUGAUCUGUUGGUCCCCUUUUAUGGACAAUCGGACGCUAAUCUACUUUCGUUUAACACCAAAAGGACUCAUUUGGAGGGCAUCUCAACUUUUAAUCUUUCUUAAUACCGGAUUGGAUCCUUUGUUGUACGGUUUUAUCGACGGACACUUAAAGUCUUUACUGCGAAGAGUUCUUUGCAAGAACAGGGAUAACACAGUGACAUCUCUUUAUCAAAAUACAAUAGGGUGAAAGGUAUACAUAAGAACUUAAUCUGUUGGACACAAGGCAUGAGCUCGUGGCAGCCACGAAGGAGUGUUCCAUGAUCUACACGAAUCGUAGCGAGUAUGUUUCUUUAAAGCCAGACACAAGAAGAUAAGAACAAAGAAAUAAGAAAGAAUUUUCCGAAUAGUAUGAAGAUUUAAUUCCCACUGUUGCAUUUGUAAUACGUAAAGUACACACCAACAUUUUCAGUGAUUAAUUUUCUACUGAAGAAACUUCUGGAAGUCCACUUCAUUCCUUCCACUUGCGGGAAUAAACAGUUAACGAGACACACCAUCAAUAAGAGAGGAAAAGGAGAGAAAAUCAACUGGCGUUGAAUGAAAAGUCCUUUGAUAUAUUUCGAUCGAAUUGCCAUGCUUGCGAAAACUUUCAUUUUGUUCGAAGUAAACCUUCAUUUUUAGGGUUGUCCAUACCUAAUUACUUAACACAGAUAAACAAAACAGAAUAAGAUGGAUCAAGUUCAGCCGGAAGAGUGACUUGUCUACAAUAUAUAUAUGUAAAUUUUGUGUUAAGAAAAGGUACCUCAGCGGUUUGUAAAAAAAAAAAAAAAAAAAAAAACGGUGUUUUUCUCCCACGAAAAUCAUGAUAUUGUACCGUAAUUGAAGACAAAUAAGGUGGUAAAAACCAAAUUUAUUCAAAAGUUAGCGAAAGUCACAAAAGUUAUGGUAAUUUCAUUAAAUCACAGGUUUCAAGUGAAUAUCAGUAAUUGAUAUAUACCCUUACGAAGUUGUACCAUCGAAUUUAUUGAUUUACAAGUGGAAGGAGAGUUAUGUCACUAGUUAAAGACAAAACGCCUUCUCACACUGUGAAAAGGAAAAAAAAUUGGAAAGGCAUGCGUUAUACUAUGGAUAUUAUGAAAAAAGAUUUUUGUUGUGUGACAUUAAAUAAAGUUACUUUAGAGUAAGGAUCAAGGAGUUAACCAAUAGCACCUAAUGAAUCUUAUCUAACCUGGGGCAUGUUGAAUAACCAAUUAUUUAAUCAAUACAUGAUAAUGUAGUUUCCUUAUCGCCAAGAGGUCGACAAAAUCAGAUAAGCGUGAAAAAACAUCCAAAACUGAUAGUGAUUGGGGAAAGAUUGCGCUGAUGGAGACUUAGGAUUAAAAUCAAGAUAAUUAGAAAUAUAGUUCAGUAAUUCCUCUGAUCACUUGAUAAUGUUCUAUUCAAAGCUAGGUUAAAUAGCAAAACCAUUAGGUUAAGACAAGACUUAUAAGCUCUAACUACUUAGAGUCCGAAAUAAAAUCCAAUCGGCAGUAUUGUUCAAGGGUCUGUUUGAUCCAAAGUGAACUUGAAGUCUGUGAGAGGCUCGCAAAUUUUUAUGUAAAUUCAUAAGUGCAUUGAAAUAUGCCACUACCACAAGUCACAAAGGUCUUCCAAGAUCGUCAACAAAUAUUUUGUGAAACGUUUAUGGCCUUUAAUCGAUCAGGAUCUUGUCGUUACGCAUUUGGUGAAUAUUAGUGCAUUUUAACUUAACACUUAUUGUAACGUUAAUAAAAAUCAUACUGAUAUGUCAUUACAUAGAUGUAGAUCAAACGUUGAUAUAAAUCAUAUAUCACCAGUUUCGAUCAAAUUGGUGGGUUGUGUGAAAGCUAAAAUAACCUCGCAAACAACGUUUUCUAUCAAGUUCUGUUUAACAUCAUUUUAAAGUUUUUUUAAAGAAAAGAAGAAAGGUUAGUAAUGAUAGUUACACAUUACAUUUCACUUGGUCAGCUUGGCAGUUUGCUUAUUUAUCAUUUUCAACCUGAUGUUUUGUUCUCCAAACUUUUCUCCGUUCAUCUCCUGACUGAGAUGCCGACAAGAAGAAUUUGAGCUUCUUCAGUUGGUGAUCAUUUUAUUUACUCGCGGGAUCUUAAAGUUUGAUUCGAAGGUGAUACUGAGUGAGAAAUUGGAUGCUAGUCACUCUUGAAUUGGUCAUAACCUAGGAAAUCACUAAACAAUACUUUGCUGCGAGAUUUUUUUUCGUUUAUUAGAAGUAAAUAGUUAUUUUUAAGAACCAGCAGAACGGAACUGAAUGAAAUAAAAGCCAUCGGAACUUUUCCCCCCAGGGAGUUAUUUGCAAUUUGUGUGACUAUUUUAGCGUUUAGCACUUUGCUCCAUUAUGAAUUUCGUAAAUUCGAAGUAUGCCAAGUUUAGCUCAGAGGAAAAAAAAGAAUUAUGGCAUGCUAAAACUAGGUUAAGGUGGUGUAACACCACCAAAAUGAAGAUUUCGUCAACACUGAUGACGUAGAUAUAAUUUUGACAUCUAGUGUUAAAAUAUAAGAUAUAUCUAGAGUCAACCUAUGUUUGGGUGCAUGCUUUGGUGCAUUUCCGCAAGCGAUGCUCGUGAGACCCCGCAUAACCACACUGUCAAGAAAGGCUAUGAUAGCUCUUUUUUCCUAGCUUUUUUCAAAGAAGAAUGCGUGUCACACACUUUCAUGAAAUCUAUAUUUUCAUGGCUUCUUAUAUGUCAGUUGGAACCACAACGUGCUCUCUCAUUGACCGAUAGACGAGAUAGGAGUAUUUAUCAUUCAACUUCACAAAUAGUUUAUGAGAGUAAAAGAGAACAAAUUCCGUGGUUUACAUAGCCCCACCUAAACAUUCAAGUCAAUUUUGGUUUUAUCAACUGAGUUGAAAUCGCUCUGACUGACGUAAAACUUAACGAGGAGACAAAAGUUACAUCGGAAGAGAAACCAUUACCAUCGAUUCCGCUUUGCUUUCAGGAAGAUAUUUUUUUGAAUAAUGAUUGUAUAAGUGUGAAACACCUCCUUAGAAAAUUUUUCAUUACCAACAGAAUGGUGCGGCAAAAAUUAGGGAUUAACUUAACGAUUAAGUCAUUGAGAUCCCUUUAAUUGAAAGCUUAGAGCAACAAUCCACCACCAAUUUACAAUAUAACGCCCUUCAUAUAGUCCUAUUGUACCCUAAAUAUGCAGCUGUCGAUGGAGAACUUUAAUAAAAAGUGGUAAAACAACGAAUAAAAUGCAUUUGAAGCGGGGGAAAGAAAAUAGAUAAAGCAAAAGCAGUCUUGGCAUAAAACAAUUGUACUUUGAUUAGUUCUGUGGCGCCUUGAUAGAAACUGCCUUAGUAAACAAAACAGAGAGGUGUGAAAAGUCAGCUUUUGAAUUGUUCGGGAUAUUGAUAAAAGGAAUAUUUUACCCAAGCCAAAAUAGCGGUAAGUGAUAUCUCUCUAUCAAAAUACAAGAGAAUGAAAUGUAUACUUGAGAACUUAAUAUGUUAGACACAAGGCAUGAGCCCUUGGCAGCCACGGAGGGGUGUUCCAUGAUCUACACGAAUCGUAGCGAGUGUGUUUCUUUAAAGCCAGACACAAGAACAAAGGAACAAAAAAAUAUGAAAUAAUUUUCCUGAUUUAAUUUACACUUUCGCAUUUGUAAUCCGUAAAGUACACACCAACAUUUUCAGGGAUUAAUUUUGUGCAAGGAGCCUCUGCAAGUCCAUUUGAUUCCUUCUACUUGUGGGAAUAAAAAGUUAACGAAACACAACAUCAUUAAGAGAGGAAAAGGAAAGAAAGGCAAUUGGCAUUGAAUGAAAAUUCAAGAUAUUUCGAUCGAAUUGCCAUGCUACCUCUAAAAUAUUUGCGAAGACUUUCAUUUUGUUGGAAAUGUGUGUUUCUUAAUUUAGCCAAGUUAACUUCUAUUUCAAUAUUUACUCUAUUUUUUGUUUAAUAUUGAAUAAAUGAAGGAGAAGCACCGCAUUUGGCUUGCAACCCAAAUAUACUACUGAUGUAGUAUAUUUUGUAUGCGAAAGACAACGUAACAAACACAGGCAAACAAAACAGAAAAAGAUGGAGAAGUGACUUGUCUGAAGUAAAGAUAUAUAUUUUAACUGCACAAUUAUCGUAGCGUUGAUAUAAAUCAUACCGUCCAACACAAGAAAUAAAUGGUCUAAUAUGUUUAAAUGUUGUCGAGUUUAAGUACGCAAUAUGAAUUAUGGAACUACAUCACAUUCAUGACAGUUUACAUGUACCUUCUCCUUUCCAAUGGUCAAGAGUCUCUGAUUCAAACUCGAACUCUAUGGGGCUUUUUGUUAAGCAUUUAUUGGUUUGCACAGAACCUGCGAAUAAUACGCUUGAGUUGUCGCUAUUAUGGUAUUGAUGACUGCCGGAUAUAUGCCAAUACCAUUUUUUACAACGUUAACGAGAAUAAAAGACCGUGCGAUUUUUACCAAAACCAUCAAUCAUCGAAAAAGAUUGCUGAAAGAAAGGAAAUGAUUAUUACCAAACAAUAGUGAAAUAUAUUAGCAAAAUAAAAGCGCCAGGUACCACCGCGGAAAAAGUCCAGAAUAUAUGGGACUGAGGCUAUGUAAAACGGGACAAACUGGCUGUUGUAAACUUGAAAUAAACAAAAAAUACACGACCUGACUCCAAAUAGGGGCCUCUCUGUUUAAGGUCAUUUGAAAUUCUGUAAUCUUUUUUGGCCAACUGACAUCUUACUAUCUUUGUCAAAAGGAAAAUGACAAAUGGUACGAUUGUAAUAUAUAAUUUUAAUAAUAUACGAAAAUGAAAAAAGCAAAAAAUUAACGCGAAAGUAUACAAGGGAGAAUCAGAACAAAAAACCUAAAGAAAGUGUAGCAGAAGACAUUUCGCGACAUCAACUACAGUCACAUAAUCAAGCCAAUUUAGUAGCCAGUUUUUGCAGCUAUGUACGUGUAUACGCGCUCCUGUGCUACCUUGAAAUUACAUUGUUUCCUAAACGGCUUUAAAAGUGUAUUUAUUUUACAAAGGAAAAUAACUAAGAUUAAUGGCAGCAUUUACUGCUUGAUGGUGGUGUUAAUAGUCUCAUUAAUGUGAAUGAGACAUAAAAGUUCGUUUCACCUACAAUAUAAGUAGAGAGUUUCCUUAAAUUAUUUGGAGACCACGAACUAUCGUUAUCUUCUCAGCCUUGAACACCACAUGACCCGCGCUUAGGCAAGACGGUAGCUAACAAGCUAAUCGAUAAUGUGAAUGUUUGACUGCUGGGGAUUCCGUUUCGGAAGCUUUAAACUAACACGGCUUAUUUUCCAACAAAGCCAUUGUUGAGGAGAGCAGGAAAAUUAAUUAAUUUGAGAAACUAGAGGGUAAGCUGUGUUCUUGAUUGCGGUUAAUCCAUGAUAUUUAACCUUAACCCUGAUAUUCAACAAUAUACAGUGAGUAAUUUGCAAGGAUAAACUGACACAGCGAUAAGAUGAGCAAACUCAACAAAAAUGCCACUUUGUUAUUUUUGCAGUAUACUUCACUGGCCCUACCUAGUUUGAAAUAGACAGCAGAGGUUAGACAGAAAAUCAAGCAAAUUGCAUUAAUCAAGAAAAGCAAAUAAGAAAACAGCGAUUUACAUCAUCAGAGAUAGCAUCCAACGACAAUUUCUCUCUAAUGGUGAUCGGAUUUUUUAUAUUUUAUGGCUUUAUUCUCAUCACCUCACUUGUGGGUAACAUAUGGGUUUUGGUGACAUGUUAUCGGAACUUGAACCGAAAUCGGUUUUCUCCGAUGUGGUACGUGGCAAAUUUAGCAUCUGCCGAUCUCCUUUUCACUUUUCUCACUCCUUUCCACGCCAUUAAUUUUAGUUGGCGUUGGGUCGGCGGUGACGUAAUUUGCAAACUUCACGCAUUUCUCGUCGACACGAGCCACAAUACUUCAAUCACAACCCUUAUGGUUAUAGCUUACCUAAGACUCAAAGCUAUCACAGAUCCUUUCAAUUCUAGAGGCGACAACUUUUCCAACAAGGAAUACAUCAAAAUCGUUUUAAUCUGGUGUAUGUGCUUGGUAAUUUCCCCCUUAACUUUUCAUACUUGUGAUUCUCUCUGACAAUGACACUUUUUCCUUCUAGGUCUUAUGAUUCAGCAACAAUGUAACAAAUGUGUCUGUUCACGCAUCUUGUUGUAUUAUAACAACUUUCAGAUAAAAUCGUAAUGUAUAUUCAUAUACACAUACAAAUGUACAUACUUCUACAUUGCCGCUUCAAUUUUGGAUACGUAUCUUGCAGAUAUAUUUGCAAGUGAAUGUUAGUUUGGAAAGGUGGAUUGUACAUAUCAUUUUCGACAAGGUGUAUUGUACAUAUAUCUGCAAAACCCCUGGAAAAAGUAUAUGGAGCUUAUAUGUUAGCAAUUAACUUUGUAAUCUAGAACAUUAAAUGAAAUUAAUUACAAAGACAUGUAACAUAUAGGCUUUCAUUAAAGAGUUGAAAGAAAACUGACGCGGCUUUUAUUAAUGGGGAGGGGGAGGAGAGUUAGUAAUAUCUUGUUGGGGUCAAAUCAACAAUUCGUCUUGGAGGAGCCAAGCAAAGAGAAAGUUUCCAAGCACAAUUCGCCGAGACCAGUUCAGAGUUUAAAGGGGUCUAAAUGGUACCUUUCAGACUGGCAGUUCGUAAAUCAUAAUUGUUAUCGCGAACCGUUCUGAUAUCUUUCAGCUCAAAAAAGGCGAUGGCCAUUUUCCACGGAAGCGCGGAAACACGAGGGUAAUUUAGUAUAGACAAAGCUGCAAAUGAAGGUUUGCUUCGAGCACAAGAUUGAUAAACCAGUGUACAGCAAAGGGACGGGUGUAAAAAACCACUGAAACAAAAAGUAUGGAUUCAGCUUUGAAAUUAAUUUCAAGAAAUUAAACGUUCAUUUGCAUUUUAUGAAAAUCGGCUUGAAAAAGGUCCACGGAAAGAUGAUUUGUCCAUUACAAAAUGUUGACAAGUUUAAGUGCACUAUUUGAAUGAUGGAGUAUUUCAAAAUUUAUGGCAACUUAAAUGCACCUGAUCUUUUCCCACGUUCUCUGAGACUGUAGUUUUUAAAUCUCGAAUUCUGACGCCACUGACAGAAGUCAGCGCAGUAUGUGUCGCACUGGAAAGUUCUGUAUGUAGGGGACGUUUAUGGUCUCAUCGAUAUGAUUGAGGUGAUCAGGCUUAAUUAUUUUUAAAUGCAAGUACGAGAUCUUCCUUAAUUCAUUAGGAAACUUCAAGAACUUCUAGCUUUCUCUUAAGCCCCUAAAAGCCACACACACCGUAGUAACUACGUUCCGACAAAAUCGAACAUCAAAUUGCUGAGCGGAAAAGGAAAUGAAAAGGAAAGUAAGGUUUGAUCUUUAUCACAGUUUAUCCAUGAUAGUUAAACAAAGUUAUUAACAUGAUUAGUGAUUAUAUAAUUUGGAUUAUAACUUUUUUGGAAUCAUGCGGCAGAUUAUAAAUCAAAGUACUCUGUGAGCAAACUCGUGAAUUGACACAUGAUUUUUUAGAUUAUGUUUAAUGUUAUCUGGUUUAGGGAAUUUUGUGGUUGAUUGUCAUAUCUAGAGUACGAGCAGUAGUUCAGUGUUCGCUAAUGUAGCAAAGAAACAAAGUAACGUUGGGAUAAGAAGGCAUUACAAUUGAAAUGAUCAUGCUAUUAAAUUUGACAAGGUGGAUGAUGUCAUGUGUUUUAAACGUCUAUCAUUUUUGUUUCUGGCUCAAAAGAAAAGGUUGGAAGUAAAUGUGGGUGAAAAGUGAAAUUUACUGUCUUUCGUUGUAAAUAUUAGAAAAUCAAGGCAAUACUGUCUUAAUGGAAACAUUAACGAUUCCCUCUUUAUCAAAUGAGGCAAACGGGGACGAGUUUUGAGUGAUAUAACUAAGCCAAGCCUGCUACCGUCAUUUUGGAUCUCCGCCUGGGUAGAUUUAAGUCACCUGCUAGGCAACGUAUAAUCAAUAACAAGAUAGAAUUUCAUUUCAGACCUAUUUACCAAUUUUGUGGUGUGUAACUUUCGCAUUUUAGUACGUUGUAUGUAUGUUGAAUCUUCAAAUUGUCUUGAAACUUAAAAGAAAAUUGUUCUUUAAAAAUUCACUGAAAAAGCUAAAAAUGUUUUUGUUUAGGUGUUAUUUGAUUUUCGUGUUAACUUGUUAUUUCGUCAGUCGCCGGCAUCUUUUUCUGCUUCACACAGGAAAAAACACACGCGACGAAACGUAAUGAUCAAUUUUGUCCUCAGUCUCAAGCUAUAACAGAAAAAGCUUUUGAACAUCUGUAAACUCCGAGCGCUUCGCAGUAAGUGAUAUUUUCAAUGAAUCUUCGGAUUGUUUUCAAGUUCAAGGAUGUAAAUUACAAUUUUAUGAAAAACGAAGGUUGUUCUGUUAUUUCAGUGUGAAUUACGCCUGCCAGUCGCUGGCGCCGCUUGUUGAAACUAAAAAAAAAACUCUUUUAAGAUUAAUUGCUUCUUUUUCACCCCACCACUAUUCUUAGCAACAAAGGUCGCCAUUUCGUCUGUUUAUUGCUCGCCAAAAACUAUCAAAUGCACUCAAAAGCCUAAAAUCUAAAAAAAGUUUACAGGAAUCGACCAAUCGAGCGAGCGAGCGAAUGCCAUUCCCCACAUCGUAUCUGUAACUCGCUCUUGCGCAUGCGCGCAAUUCACGAGUUAAAAAGGAGAGCAUUUCAAGGAUAAAGUCUUAAAGAACCACCUCAAGGAAACUAGCGAACUUAAGAAAAAUAUUAUUUUAUUGUUUCUGCAGUACAUUUGACCAAUAAAGCCUUUUAGAAAGAGACAGCAGAUAUUUCACAGAAACUCACUCAAAUUAGAUUGACUAGGACAAGUAACUAAAGAAAAGUGAUUUGCAUCAUAACUGAUGGCAUCUAACGACAAUUUCUCUGUGGUACUGAUCUCGUUAUUUUACGACACCGUCGGUUUUCAUCUUCUCAGUUGUGGGUAACACGCUAGUUUUGGUUACAUGUUAUCGUAACUUAAAAAUAAAUCAGUUUUCUCUGAUGUGGUACGUGGCCAACUUGGCAUCAGUGGAUGUUCGAUUUACUUUUCUCACUCCUUUCAACGCCAAUAAUUUUAGUUGGCGUGGAGUCGGCGGUGACAAAAAGUGCAAACUUUUUAGAUUUAUCAUCACAACGAGCUACAGGAAACUGAAUGAGGAAACAAAUUAACAUCAGAAGAAAGUCAUAACCGUCUAUUUGGCUUUGCUUAAAGGAAAAUAAACAUUUUAUGAUUAUGAUCGUUUAAGUAACAAAUGGGUGCGUGGAAUUCUUUCUGAUUAUUAAUAUACACCGUAUAUUAAUAAUCACAUAUUGAUCACGGAGAAAUGUCGCUGCAUUAUAUUUAAAGGAGCAAACUCAACGACUUUACGAAAAGGGAUAAAUAACAAGACAAAAAAUAAUGUGAACGUUUGACUACUGAGGAUUUCCUUUCGAAAGCUAUUAAAUAACAGUUUGAAAGAAACCGAACGUUAAUUUGUUGAACCGAACAUGCUAUAAAUCACACCAACAGGUGCAUAGAAGGUAAUUGAAAAGACUGAGAAGUUUUUUAAAGUAAAAAAUGAUAAACGUUGAAAUUUUUUUGUUUGCCUUGUACAUGUAGGGUAUACCACUAAACUAUAGCCUAAAUUGCAGCUCUCAGAGCAUCGAUUGUGGUGAGACAUCACCUGAACCAAAACAGUACGAAGAAAAAACGUUUCAAAAGUUGCAGGGGUGGUAAACCAAGUAAUAUAUUGGAGGGGGCUAUGAUUUUACACCUUCGAUGUGCAGAUCUUUCAAUGACCUUUUGGUUGUGAAAAUGUCAAAAAAAAUUAAUAAAUAUUAAGCAUAUAUGGCAUCCUUUUAAAUGGUAUUUUUCGAGUUGGAAAGGGUAAACUGCACCAUCUCAGGUUAAUUAGAAGGUCAAAUUGAAAAGACUGACAUUUUUCACAAAAUUGAGAAAAAAUGAUAAAUUUGAAAUUUUUUUACUUGUUUGUGUAUCACUACCAACUCUCUCGGACUGAACAUGGCAGGUAAUAUGAUACUCUCAACAGCCAAAAACAGUUAAUUUAGGCGCCAAAUUCGUCGGUUGCUUUCUUGAGCAAAUUCCCACCACCAAACACAAGGCAAAUCAAAAUGCAGUUAUCGCUAUGAAUAUUUGAGAAGUUUUUCAUUGUUUUCCCACUUGGAAUGGCUGCCAAAAAAAAGAGGAGAUGUGCUAGGCAGAUUAAAUUAAGUUUUGUCUCUGCGAAGCUGCUUCCUCUUUCAUGGUUUUCGCCCGAAAACAUCUUAGCCUUUACCUGGCUCCAACCGCUGUCAAUGAAAGUAAUCCUACAGGUUCCUAUUUAUUUGGAAAAAAGACAAAUUAAAAAUGUUUAAGAGGUGGGAAUUUUGAAAAGUCGCAGUCACGUAUUCAACUUAGUGUCCGCCAUUUUGACACGCGAGUGUUCAGAAGCAAUUAAACUUACCUAACAACUGCUUUGGGGGAUUACUUUUGUAAGUAAAUUCAUUUGCUUCUUAGAGAAAUUGUUUUCAAAGCAUUCAAAAGCCUAAAUUUUGAUAGACACCAUAAGUAUACACAUCAUGAUAUGAUAGAGAAUUUAUCAAGCUAAAUUUAAUUUCAAAAUUGAAUGGUAUAUCCACAAUGAAACUUUUUUCUAUGCAUUUGUUACAAAACAUAGUACUUUUUCUAUGCAUAAGUUACAAACAUUGUAAAACGCUAUUGAGCUCUAGAAAUGAGCGCUAUAUUAUAAAUUCAUGUCGCAUUGUAUUUGCAGUGAAGUCAACGAACAUGUUGAGAGCGGUGUCUUCGUAGGUUCAAAAGGGUUCUCUCAUGUGAUAUCAUUCGAUAUCAUGCCAUUUUUUGAGGAAAUUAAGAUAGCAAAGAAAAUGUUUUUACUUUCUUUUGAUGUCUUCCUCUAAAUUGUCGGCUUCACCAGCGAAGAUGGGAAAAACCAAUGCAAAGCCGACACUUCUAAAUGGCGGAUGCCGUUCACGAACUACGCGAUCUUGAUUCCAAGUAACUAUGGUUACUCGCGCAGUCCACGCGAAUUCCGCGAACCUUGCUAGGGGAACACUGGAGGCGAAAAUCAUUUUUGACCCAGGCCUUAAUCAACCUUAGAUUGGCUUUUAUCUGAGACACUUAAGACUUCAGGAAAAGUGGCAGAUGAAAAUAGAUAGAAAUUUUCUGAUUCUUAAAGGUCGCACAUGAAUUAAACUUUGCUCUCACAAAGCAUUACUUUACUCGCCGACAUCACUACACAGUAGUUCAUCCCCUUGGAAUCAAACAAGAGGCGUUAGCAGGGCACUGUUUCGCGCGGUGACAUGCUCAAAGGUGAUCUCUUUUCCUUCGGAGUCAAUUGCUAUCGGAAAUCAUUUUGAUAUCUUUCAGCUUGAAAAAGGCGAUGCCCAUUUUCUACGGAGGGGCGGGAACACGAAGGUUAUUAGGUAUGGAAAACCCUACAAAUGAAGGUUUACUUCGAACACAGCAUUGAUAGAUCAGUGUAGAACAAAGGGAAAGAUGUAAUGAUACGUCUGCAACAAAAGUAUGAAGCCAAUUUUAAAACUGAUUUAAGAAAUUAAACGUUUACUCGCAUUUGCACUUGCACUAAAGUGUAUUUGGGAAUUUAAUUUGUCUCGCAUGUUAAAAUCGGAACAAAAAGAAGUAAUUUCUAUACUGGUGUCUAGUAAGGAGCUACUGGCCGUGUUACCAAAUGCAAUGCAACUGGCCUUUGGAAAAGCCUGAUAUUUCAGGUGUUGAUUCUUAUGAAAGAAAUUAUGACGGCAAACCUUCGGGUGUAGUUGUCGCUUAAACGGAUUGUUUAUGAUCAAAUGGAAUAAGCAUCGAAUAAACGAUAGCAACGCUCACGGAUUAUCAUUUGGAGGAUAUAGAGUGCGGCAAAUACCAACUCGUUGAAAAAAGUAUUAUUGCGAGUAAACCUUCGAGUGCAGUUCUUUGUUGCUUCAAAGUUUCUUUUACGACCAAAUGGAAGAAAAAAAGAAAAAUUAUCAAAUAGAUUAACGGUAGCUAUACUCAAAGAUUUUCGUUUAGAGAAUAUGAAGUGCAGCAAAUAUCAGCUCACAUUUGUGACCGCGGAGGAGGUGUUGUCGAAGCCAAUUCUUUUCUGCCUGAAAAAAUAACUGUUUCACCGUUUCACUCAUCGGCUCUGCAUGUGUUUGUUUUUGUCGGAUGAUAGUGCUUCCGGUUUUUAAUUUAUCACAUUUGAUUGGUUGCCUACUCAUUUCCGGAAAUGCAGUGACGCACAUGGAACUACUCGGGGUGUUUUGCUUUUCAACAGCCUCUUCGGGUAGGCGUCUUCUCGCCCUUCCCCUACCGUCCACUCUAACUCCAAUCAAACAUGGCCGGUUGAUUAAACGAUGGCGGGCUUAAAAACAACUUCUCCUGAGCCAAAACAACUCCUUUUCAGAACGACCCAAUUAGCCCAAAAAAUAGAACUGUAUUUGAACUGAACUAUAUACAGAACUACACAUAAACUUAGACAGUAUUGCCACUUGUGCUACUUUACGAGGGCACAAUAAGUAUUUUCUAGAAAGAUUUCUGAAUGGUGGAGCUUUCACUGGCCCACUUUCUUAUUGCCCUACGGUUUUAUCCUCAAGAAGAAUUUCUAAUUUCUCGUGUCAGAUCUCCAUUCUGAACGGAUUUCAUAUCGAGAGCGAAGUACGUUGGCUUCUUUAUAUUCCAAUCCUUAAUUUGACCUUAAUUCAAGCAUCGUCCUUCGUAAUUUGUCCACGAUAAUUGAUCCACAGAUUGUUUCGCUUUUCACAGGUGACGAAGGGUUACAACACAUUAAACUUUAGCGGAAUUAUUACUUAAAAACACCGCGUUAUGAGCCACCCCCUGCAAACGCCUUUCAAAGUAAUUAUCAAAAGGUGAACAGUUAGAACUGAACCACAUGGGCCUUACUUCACAUACAAGCUAUAACAGUCCAUUAAUCAUUGAGCCCAAAAUGAAGAAAUACCCGUUUCUUUUUGAUACAAUAGAUGUAUUAUUUUAUGAAAACCCUUAACAAUUUGGUAUAGAUUUAGUCAGGAACUACAGCCUAAUGGAAACAUCCAGUAUCAAAUGGAAUCUUCUUGAGAUCACCAAGUUGAAUUUGUAAUGCUUUUACUUUCAAAACAAGUAAUUAAAGAAAAGUUGUAAAUAAUUAUUUAUGCAUCGGUGAAUAUUCGGGCGUAAAACGCACAUGAAAGUUGAUUUUCAUUCCUUUUUCAGUAACAACAAAAUGACAGGUGCAUCAUUCUAUUUAUAUUUAAGUAUCUGGCAGCCAAGAUAUGUAAAUAGAAAAAUUGAUACAAAACACAUUUUUAAUUUUCUCAAAGAAUUGAUGUCAACUUUUCAUUGGUAUCUAACAGAUUUUAUGUUAAUCUAAAAUUGACUUUUGGGGAUUAAAGUAACGCUUUUGACAUCAAUAAUACUGUUGAACAUUUAAGUAUUUCUUAAGGCGUUUCCGAUGACAUCUUCAGGAAACAAGAAGGUUAAUAAUUUAUAAGCGGUAUCUUGGUUUGGAUAGUAAUACAAUGACUUCCAACAAUUUGUACUGUGCUUUCAAACAAAACUUUCAGUAUGCUAUGAUGUAUUCUUAGGCUCUUCAAAUAGUCUAAUUGUCUCUAGUUUUUAAAUCUCGAGUUCUGACGCCACUGAGAAAAGUCAGCGCAGUACGUGUCGCACUGGAAAGUUCUGUAUGGAGGGGAUGAUCUCAUCAAUAUGAUCGAUGCGAUCGAGCUGAAUUAUUUUUAAAUGCAAGUAAGAGAACUUCCUUAGUUCAUUAGGAAACUUCAAAAAUACUGUUGAAGAUUUAAGUAUUUCUUAAGGCAUUUCCGAUGACAUCUUCUGGAAACUAGAAGGUUAAUAAUUUAUAAGCGGUAUCUUGGUUUGUAUAGUAAUACAAUAACUUCCAACAAUUUGUACUGUGCUUUCAAGCAAAACUUUCAGUAUGCUAUGAUAUAUUCUUACGCUCUUCAUAUAGUCCAAUUGUCGAUGGAGAACCAAACUUGAAACAGGUCGUAAACAAAGAAAAGUACAAACAAAAGCAUUUAAAGCGGGGGAAGGAAAAUAGAGAAACCAAAAGCAGUCUUGGCAUAUCACCGUUGUACUUUGAUUAGUUCUAUGGCGCCUUAAUAGAAACUACCUUGGUAAACAAGGACAGAGAGGUGUGAAAAGUCAGCUUUCAAUUGUUCGGGAUAUUGAUAGAAGGAAUAUUUUACCCAAGCCAAAAUGGCGGUAAGUGAUAUCUCUCUAUAAAAAUACAAUAGAAUGAAAGGUAUACUUGAGAACUUAAUCUGUUAGACACAAGGCAUGAGCCCGUGGCAGUCACGAAGGAGUGUUCCAUGAUCUACACGAAUCUUAGCGAGUGUGUUUCUUUAAAGCCAGACACAAAAAGAAAGGAACAAAGAAAUAUGAAAUAAUUUUCUUGCUAGUAUAAAUAUUAAAUUCACACCGUCGCAUUUGUAAUCCGUAAAGUACACACCAACGUUUUCAGGGAUAAAUUUUGUGCAAGGAACCUCUGCAAGUCCAUUUGAUUCCUUCUACUUGUGGGAAUAAAAAGUUAACAAGACACAACAUCAUUAAGAGAGGAAAAGGAAAGAAAGGCAACCGGUGAUGAGUGAAAAGUUCUUUAAGAUACUUCGAUCAAAUUGCCAUGGUUGUUACCUCUCAAAUAUUUGCGAAAACUAUCAUUUUGUUAGAAAUGUGUUUCUUAAUUAGACUAUUCCGAUAUUUGCCCUAUUUUUUGUUCAAUAUUGAAAAAAGGAAGGAGAAACACCGCAUUUGGCUUGCAACCCAAAUAUACUACUGAUGUAGUAUAUUUUAUAUGCGAAGGAUAAAUUAACAAAAACAGAUAAACAAAACAGAAUAAGAUGGAGAAGUGUCUUGUCCUAAGGUAUCUCAGCGGUUUGAAAAAAAAAUUAAUAAUAUGUGUUUUUCUCCCACGAAAAUCCAAUAUUGUACCGUAACUGAAUACAAAUUAGUUACGAUAGUAAAAACCAAAUGUUAUAUAAAAGGUAGCGAAAGUCACAGAACUUAUGGUAAUUACAUUAUAUCCCAUGUUUCAAGUGAAUAUCAGUAAAUAGUAUAUACCCUUACGAAGUUGUACCAUCGAAUUUCUUGAUUAACCGGUAAAAUGAGAGUUAUUACACUAGUUAAAGAUAAAAUAUCUUCUCACAAAGUGAAUAGGAAAAAUUGGAAAGGCUUGCGCUAUACUAAGGAUAUAAUGAAAAGAGAUUUUUGCUCUAGGACCUUAAAUCAAGUUAUUAUAGAGUAAGGAUCAAGAAGUUAACCAAUAGCACCUGAUGACUGCAUCUUAUCUAAUCUGGGGCAUAUUGAAUAACCCAUUCAUUUAAUCGAUUCAUAAUAAAGUAGUUUCCUUAUCGCCGAGAGGUCGACAAAAUCGGAUAAGUGUAAAAACAAAUCCAACACUGACCGUGAUUGGCUAAAGAUUUCGCUAAUUGAAACUGCAUUGAAAAAUGCAAGUAUUGUCGUUAAGGAUUUGGUGAAUAUUCAAAACAUUUCAACUGCACGAUUAUCGUGACAUUGAUAUAAAUCAUACAAUCCAACACAUGUCACUGGAAAACUGAAAUAUCUAGAAGAGGGAAAACACUGAAAAUUACGAGCAGACGUUGAAAACUUUGAUCAACUGUAUUUUGAUCCUUCUAAUUCAAAGCUGAGGUAUUUGAAAAUAAUUCCCCUCUGGCUUCAGCAGUAAAUUCAGCACAAACAAAUGAAAAUACAGUUUAAUGAUCCGCAUAUAGAUACAUUUACUGGUGCGGGUCGAGAAAGUGCAUACAUCCCCCAUAAAUGUGCUGUAUAUCGCCAGCUGUGAUCAAAUUGGUGGGUUGUGUGAAAGCUGACAUCAGGAGUUCAGGAGUUCUUAAAUAGUAGGCACAAAAUUGCAAUCGCAACCACUAAAAUCGCAGAGUUCCUAUCAAGUCCUGUUAAAUAUUAUUUUGAAGUUUUCAUAAUGAAAAGAAGAAAUGUCAGUAAUAUUAGUUACAUAUUAUAUUUCACUUGGUUAGCUAGGCAACUUGUGCUCCAAUGUUUGCUUAUUCAUCAUUUUUAAACUGAUCUUUUGUAAAGGAGCACAUAGCAUGACGAGGUGCUGCAAUCUUGAUAAACAGAGCGAUAAACAUUUCAAAAAGUGCUUCAGCUAUUCUAUAAAGCCGUUUAAAAUUAGAGAUUAGAACUCACCGAGGGCUUACAAUGAAAUCAACGGCUUUUUGAAUAAGCUUACACACAAUUACUUUCACAAAGUGCGGAAUAGCUUAUAAUUAUGUUAGAAGAAUGAAUAGCGAUUAUGCUACUACAUCAUGCAUUUCAGAUUUGGCACCACUCAUAUAAAGAAACGAUUCUGGGGACUUUUUUGUUAAGCAUUCUAUGGUUUGCACAGAACCUACAACUUAUACGAUAGAAUUCUCUCUAAUAAACCAAUUAUCGAAAAAGAUCACAGCAAGAAAGGAAACGAUUAUUACCAAACAAUAGUGAGAUAUAUUAGCAAAAUGGAAGCGCAAUGUACAACAGACUCAUUAAUGUGAAUGAGACCUAAAAGUUCGUUCUAACAUCAGAAUGCAUAUUGUUCAAACUGUUCUCCAUUCAUCUCCUGAGGUAUCAACAAGAAGAAUUUGUUUUACAAUCAUGAGCUUCUUUGGUUGGUGAUCAUUUCCUUUACUCCCGAGAGCUUAAAGUUUGAUUCCAAGGUGAUAUUGAAUAAGACAUCUUUUGCAAGUCACUCUUGAAAAUCAUAGGACUAAAAUGGUCAUAAUCAAGGAAAUCAUGCUUCCCUGACAGAUUUCUCGUUCGUUAGUUAGAAGUAAAGAGUUAUUUUUAAGAACAAGCAGAACGCAACUAAAUGAAAUAAAAGUAAAUGGAAUUUUUUCCCCUUAGGGAGUUAGUUAGGGUUGUGUUUGCUUUUUGUGUGGCGAUUUUUAGUGUUUUUCUCUUUGCUCCAUUAUGAAUUUCGUAAAUUCAAAUAUCUUGUGAAGGACAUGUUAAAAUACGAAAUUACAUUUAGAGUCAGCCUGUGUUCGACAUGCAUGCAUGCAGGCGAUGGUUAUGAGACUCCGCAUAACUACUCUUUCAAGCCAAAAUGACAUUUAAAAGUAAUUUUUAGUUCCAUGCAGAAUGCGUGUCACAAACUUUUAUGAAAUCUAUCUUUUCAUGGCUUCUUAUAUCGUCAGUUUGAACCGCAACGCGUUCUCUCAUUGACCGAUAGGUGUGAUAGUAGUAUUUAUUAUUCAACUGCAAAAAGUAGAGUACAAUAAUGCGCGACUAGAGUACAGCCAUCCUCCGAUAUUGUACGGCUAUUUGGAAAGUUGGUUAUUUGGACAGUUGGUUAUUUUCUACUGUAAAAAAACCCUGUUUGACCAGUCGGCUAAGCGCGCUACGUUUCUCUAUUCGCUUUGCUUUUCUCGCCUUAUGAGAAAUGAGCACAGAAACUUGGCAGGAAAAAGAGCCUCUCCCUCUUUAAACAUUCAAGAAGAAGAAGAAGCAUCCAUGCACAAACUCUCCACUGCGACUCAUAUUUGCGAACAAAAUAGUAUUGGGAAAAAAUCCACUGAAAAAUCAGUGGUCUAAUAUGUUUAAAUGUUGUCGAGUUUGAGUACGCAAUAUGAAUUAUGGAACUACAUCACAUUCAUGACAGUUUACAUACACCUUCUCUUUUCAAAUGGUCAAGAGUCUCUGAUUCAAACCUCGAACUCUAUAGGGCUUUUUGUUAAGCAUUGAAUGGUUUGCAUAGAACCUGAGAAUAAUACGCUUGAGUUCUCUCUAUUAUGGUAUUGGUGACUGCCGGAUAUAUGCCAAUACCAUUUUUUACAACAUUAACGAGAAUAAAAGACCGUGCGAUUUCAAUUAAAACGAUCAAUCAUCGAAAAAGAUCGCAGAAAGAAAGGAAACGAUUAUUACCAAACGAUAGUGAAAUAUAUUAGCAAAAUAAAAGCGCCAAGGUACCACCGCAGAAAAAGUUCAGAAUAAAUGGGACUGAGGCUAUGUAAAACGGGACAAACUGGCUGUUGUAAACUUGAAAUAAACAAAAAAUACACGACCUGACUCCAAAUAGGGGCCUCUCUGUUUAAGGUCCUUUGAAAUUCUCUAAUCUUUUUUGGCCAACUGACAUCUUACUAUCGUUGUCAAAAGGAAAAUGACAAAUGGUACGAUUGUAAUAUAUAUUUCAAUGAUAUAUAAAGAUGAAAAAAGCAAAAAAUUGGCACGAAAGUAUACAAGGGAGAACCAGAACACAAAACCUUUCAGUAAUAACUAGGGAAGAAAGUGUAACAGAAGACAUUUGGCGACAUCAACUACAGUCACAUAAUCAAGCGAAUUUAGUAGCCAGUUUUUGUAGCAAUGUACAUGUAUACGCGCUCCUGUGCUACAUUGAAAUUACAUUGUUUCCUAAACGGCUUUAAACGUGUAUUUGUUUUACAAAGGAAAAUAACUAAGAUUAAUGGCAGCAUUUCCUGCUUGAUGGUGGUGUUAAUAGUCUCAUUAAUGUGAAUGAGACGUAUGAUUUCGUUUUACCUAAAUUAUAAGUAGAGAGUUUCUUCAAAUUAUUUGGAGACUAUCGUUAUCUUCUCAGCCUUGAACACCACAUGACCCGCGCUUGGGCAAGACGUUAACUAACAAGCUAAUCAAUAACGUGAAUGUUUGACUGCUAGGGAUUCCGUUUCGGAAGCUAUAAACUAACACGGCUUAUUUCCAACAAAACCAAACGUUAAAUUGUUGAACAGAGCAGGAAAAUUAAUUAAUUUGAGAAACUAGAGGUUAAGCUGUGUUCUUGAUUGUGGUUAAUCCAUGAUAUUUAACCUUAACCUUGAUAUUAAACCACAUACACUGAGUAAUUUGCAAGGAUAAACUGACACAGCGACUAGAUAAGCAAACUUAAGAAAAAUGUCACUUUGUUAUUUUUGCAGUAUACUUCGCUGGCCAAUAGACAGCAGAGGUUAGACAGAAAAUCAAGCAAAUUGCAUUGAUCAAAAAAAGCAAAUAAGAAAACAGUGAUUUACAUCAUCAGAGAUGGCAUCCGACGACAAUUUUUCUCUAAUGGUGAUCGGAUUUUUGAUAUUUUAUGGCUUUAUUCUCAUCACCUCACUUGUGGGUAACAUAUGGGUUUUGGUGACAUGUUAUCGGAACUUGAACCGAAAUCGGUUUUCUCCGAUGUGGUACGUGGCAAAUUUAGCAUCUGCCGAUCUCCUUUUCACUUUUCUCACUCCUUUCCACGCCAUUAAUUUUAGUUGGCGUUGGGUCGGCGGUGACGUAAUUUGCAAACUUCACGCAUUUCUCGUCGACACGAGCUACAAUACUUCAAUCACAACCCUUAUGGUUAUAGCUUACCUAAGACUCAAAGCUAUCACAGAUCCUUUCAAUUCUAGAGGCGACAACUUUUCCAACAAGGAAUACAUCAAAAUCGUUUUAAUCUGGUGUGUGUGCUUGGUAAUUUCCGCGCCCACAGCAAGUAUUAACAAGGUCGAAAGCGAUGAGCACGGAAAACUGAUUUGCACCAACACCUCUUGGGGAAGUACUGGCAGGGAAAUAUACUACACCGUACACGCAAUACUUUUCUUCACAAUUCCAUUGAUCUAUAUGAUUGCAACGCAAGGAAAGAUAUUCCGCUCUCUCCGGGCGAACGUUAUUCCAAUGUGCAACUCGCACAUCAUCAAAACAAAUCAAAGACAUAAGAAAGUUGCAAAGACACUUGCAGCUCUUUCUCUUGCCUUUUUUUCUUGUCAGUCUCCGUUUAUGAUUCUUAGACUGCUGAUGUAUUAUAACUUAGUGUCCCCCGGUCUAGUCUGGAGAGCGGCUCAACUGAUGAUAUUACUAAAUGUGGCACUCGAUCCUUUAUUAUAUGGCUAUUAUGGAGAAAACUUGAAGUCUAAGGUUCGACGAUUCCUUCGAUGUAAUUAA